GGAAAACAGAAGGAAGAAAACGCAUACCCGAAGGCGAACGGAUAAAAGGAGAGGGAGAAAGGAAGAAGAAUGGCGAGUGGCGUGUCAUGGCAACUGCAAAUGAGGUUAAAGUCCUCUUUCGUUGGAGAGAAUCUCCGACGCUGCUCAAGCCACCAACCUCUUCCUCAACUAUUCCGUUACCGUUACAAUCCUGGAAUCAAGCAUGUUUCGAUGCAGUUAUCUCGAACACUUUCUGGCUUUACCAAUUUCUUAUUUAAUCGAAGAAAUCUGGAUGAAUUGCCUAACAGCAACCGUAAACGUCUGAGACCUGGAAAAGUUUCUCCACGUCGACAGGUGCCGAAGAAUAUACUGAGGCCUUCUUAUGUAAAAUCUAAGAGUCCUGCAGGGAUUGUGAGUGGACCUGAAGUGCAUGACGAGAAAGGGAUAGAAUGUAUGAGAGCUUCUGGAAGGCUUGCAGCACAGGUUCUUCAAUAUGCUGGCACCUUAGUCAAGCCAGGCGUAACAACAGAUGAAAUUGACCAAGCAGUUCACCAAAUGAUAAUUGAUAAUGGUGCAUAUCCAUCUCCACUUGGCUAUGGUGGUUUUCCUAAGAGUGUCUGCACUUCUGUAAAUGAAUGCAUUUGCCAUGGAAUCCCAGAUUCCCAUGCACUUGAGGAUGGUGAUAUAAUCAACAUUGAUGUUACUGUUUAUCUAAAUGGCUGUCAUGGUGAUACAUCAGCAACUUUCUUUUGUGGAGAUGUUGAUGACGAGGCUAGGCAACUAGUUCAGGUAACUAAAGAAUGCCUGGAUAAAGCAAUAUCAAUAUGUGCACCAGGAGUGGAAUUCAAAAAAAUUGGCAAAACAAUUCAUGAUCAUGCAGAUGAAUAUCGUUAUGGUGUUGUCCGGCAGUUUGUUGGCCAUGGAGUUGGACGUCUUUUUCAUGCUGAUCCAGUUAUUCUUCACUAUAGAAACAAUGAAGGUGGACGGAUGAUGCUAAAUCAAACCUUUACGAUCGCAAUACAACAACUCGGGAGGAGGGAGCUAAGGGGCAUUUGUGAUUCAUAUAAAAUUUCAACUUUCAAUAGAACCAAUGCUGACUAUGGGCAGCAUCAAUCCAGUGAUGUGGAAUGACAACUGGACAGUUGUAACGGAAGAUGGAAGCCUUUCAGCACAGUUUGAACACACCAUUCUGAUAACCCCUGAUGGGGCUGAGAUUAUGACUCGAUGCUAACAGAUGCAAAAGUUUAAAUUAGUGGAUAGCCCACAUGGAGAAACUUUAUUUAGGUGCAAUUGAUUUGAUUACUUCCAGUUCCUGAUGAAGAAGCUUUUGCAGGAACUUGGAGGGUCCCACAAGGAGGAACUCUUUCAUUUUUGUUGAUGUUAUUUCUUUUGCCUAUUGUAUUGUAUUUGUAACAUAAUUUAUACUGUCUUCCGUGCUCCAGUUAAUACUUGAUGCAUAUUCUUUCAUUUCUUUUUAUUCUUCUGGAGUGGAGAAAAGGUGUAGGGUGUGGUUUUAGAUAAUGAAUAGCUGUGGGUGUAUAAUUAGUACUUAGGU